GGGUAGGUUUUUGCACGCCCCUAAAUAAUACCCACCCUUUCUUUCUAAAACUAUUCCUUGUCUAUAUUUCUCAAAAUCCUCAUCAUCUCACCAUAUUUCCAUUUCCAAACUACGGUCUUCAUCCUGGUAUAUACGUAACAAAAAUUCUCCUGCUUCUCUUUUCUCUCUCUCGCUGUACUAUACCAGUCAGAUUCUCUGAAGAAAACUUCUGACGCUUUUCCAGAUUCAUGUCGCAGGAGAAGGGUCAACCAUUGCCUAAGUUUGGUGAGUGGGACGUCAAUGACCCAGCUUCCGCUGAGGGAUUUACAGUAAUCUUCAACAAGGCCCGAAAUGAGAAAAAAACUGGUGGCAAUCCAGAAUCACCUACAAAGGCUGAUUCCAAUAUAAAGCAAGCAGCAGACCCAUUCAAACCUCAAGCUAAAAAAUGGUUUUGCUGCAUGCAAAGCCCCCAUGCAGAAUCUUGAAGAUGUUAUCUGCUCGAGUUGAAUAUUCGUAACAAACUCCAGAACUCGUUGUUAAGUCCUUUUUGUCCUGUAAACUUUUGUUAGUGGGAAGAAUAUCAAAACGACAUGUUUGAUGUACCUAUAUGAUGUAUUUUGCAUUUUACAUUUAGCAGACAUGUUUUUUCAGUUGCUUCAAGUACGUGUGGUUUGUAGAGCACAUCUCAACUAUAAAUUUUCUAAUAAUUAUAUCAGUCAUUUCUUGUUUGCAAA